GCGCGGGGCCGGGCGGCUCUGGGCUCGCCGCGAAAGCGCUGGAAGGUUGGCGUCGGCGGGGGCGGGGGGACGGCGGGUCUCCGGCAACCGGAUAAAAAGCUCGUGGAAGCGGAGCCGAGCAGAUCCGAGCUGGGCAGGCAGGAGAGUCGCACCGCUGAGCGCACCUCCACGGCUGAGCCGCUCGAAGUUCCGCAGACUCCUGCAUUUGAAUCCGUCUCACACUCGUCCCCAGAAGCGCGAGAAGCCACAGCCAUGUCCGCUGCAAGGGAAGUGGCCAUAGGCAUCGACCUGGGCACCACAUACUCAUGCGUGGGCAUGUUCCAGCAAGGCCGGGUGGAGAUCCUCGCCAACGACCAGGGCAACCGCACCAGCCCCAGCUACAUGGCCUUCACCGACACCGAGCGUCGGGUGGGCGAUGCGGCCAAGAACCAGGCGGAUCUGAACCCACACAACACCAUGUUCCACGCCAAGUGACUGAUCGGGCGCAAGUUCGCAGACCCCACUGUGCAGUCCGACAUGAAGCACUGGCCCUUCCAGGUGGUGAGCGAGGGCGGCAAGCCCAAGGUGCACGUGUCCUACCGCGGGGAAGACGAGGCGUUCUACCCCGAGGAGAUCUCGUCCAUGGUGCUGAGCAAGAUGGAGACAACGGAGGCGUACCUGGGCCAGCCCCUGAGGCACGCUGCAAUCACGGUGCCCGCCUACUUCAACGACUCCCAGCGUCAGGCCACCAAGGACGCGGGUGCCAUCGCGGGGCUCAACGUGCUGAGGAUCAUCAACGAGCCCACGGCGGCUGCCAUGGCCUAUGGCCUGGACCGGCAGGGCGCCGGAGAGCGCAACGCGCUCAUUUUCGACUUGGGUGGGGGCACCUUCCACUUGUCGGCCCUCACUAUCGACGCCGGUGUCUUUGAGGUGAAGGCCACGGCUGGAGACACUCAUCUGGGUGGAGAGGACUUCGACAACCGGCUGGCGAACCACUUCGUGGAGGAGUUCCGGCGGAAGCACGGGAAGGACUUGAGCAGGAACAAGCGGGCCCUGCGCAGGCUCUGCACAACCUAUGAGCGCGCCAAGCGCACCCUGUCCUCCAGCACCCAGGCCGCUCUGGAGAUCGAUUCCCUGUUUGAGGGCGUAGACUUCUACACUUCCAUCACUCGAGCCCGCUUUGAAGAACUGUGCUCGGACCUCUUCUGCAGCACCCUGGAGCCGGUGGAGAAGGCCCUAAGGGGUGCCAAGCUGGACAAGGCCCAGAUCCAUGACAUUGUCCUAGUGGGUGGCUCUACCCGCAUCCCCAAGGUACAAAAAUUCCUGCAGGACCUCUUCAAUGGCAGGGAGCUGAACAAGAGCAUCAACACGGAUGAGGCUGUGGCUUACGGGGCUGCUGUGCAGGCAGCAGUGUUGAUGGGGGACAAGUGUGAGAAGGUGCAGGAGCUCCUGCUGCUGGAUGUGGCUCCCCUGUCCCUGGGGCUGGAGACAGCUGGUGGGGUGAUGAACCUGAUCCAGAGGAAUGCCACCAUCCCAACCAAGCGGACCCAGACUUUCACUACCUAUUCAGACAACCAGCCUGGGGUCCUGAACCAGGUGUAUGAGGGUGAGAGGCCCAUGACUAGGGACAACAACCGGCUGGGAUGCUUUGAGCUCAGUGGCAUCCCUCCUGCCCCACGUGGAGUCCCCCAGAUCGAGGUGACUUUUGACAUGGAUGCCGGUGGCAUCCUGAGUGUGACAGCCACUGACAGGAGCACAGGCAACGCUAACAAGAUCACCAUCACCGAUGACAAGGGCCGGCUGAGCAAGGAGGAAGUGGAGAAGAUGGUGUGCGAGGCUGAACAGGACAAGGAUGUUCAGGAUGAGGAUGAGGCCCAGAGGGACAGGGUGGCUGCCAAAAACUCUCUGGAGGCCUGUGUCUUCCAUGUGAAGAGCUCUUUGCAAGAGGAGAGACUUAGAGACAAGAUUCCUGAAGAGGACAGGCGCAAAGUACAAGACAAGUGUCAGGAAGUCCUUGCUUGGCUGGAGCACAGCCAGUUGGCAGAGAAAGAGGAAUCUGAGCAUCAGAAGAGGGAGCUGGAGCAUGUCUGUCGCCCCAUCUUCUCCAGGCUCUACGGAAGCCUGGUGUCCCUGGCGGUAGCAGUUGUGGAGCUCAAGCCCGACAGGGAGCCCCCAGUACUGGCCCUGUCACUGAGGAAGUCAAUUAAAUGGCCCCUCCUGGCAAGGCAGCUGUGACUGGAAGGGCUGGGCUUGUGGACUUUCUAGACUGUCUACUAUGAUCCUGCCUAUCUUGAGGGGUGGGAGUGGAGGAGAAUCUUGCCCCCAAACAGGGAGUUUUUUUGGUCCGUAUGUUUUAUAACUGAGGUAUUUGCCAGUUGACUUUUAAAAAAUCUUCUCCUACUUCAAACAAGCAGAAGUAAUCAUUAUGAACAUUUGUGUGGCACUUUAUCACUGCUUUUAUCUACAUUUAAUGUAUUUUGUUACUUGCAUGUAUGGAUUUUGUUAUGUGAAAUAAGAGAGCUAAAUAAACUUUUAAAGUUUCUUCUUA